AUGCGUUCACUGUCAUUUGCCCUCCUCGGCGCCCUCACAGCCCUAACCCACGCGGCAACGCCCGCCGAAUGGCGCUCAAAGUCGGUCUACCAGGUCCUGACCGACCGCUUCGCCCGCACGGACGGGUCCACCACGGCUAGCUGCAACACGGAGGAUAGGAAGUAUUGCGGUGGUACCUACCAGGGUAUCAUCAAUAAGUUGGACUAUAUCCAGGGGAUGGGAUUCACUGCUAUCUGGAUCUCCCCUGUCGUCGAGAACAUCGAGGAAACCACUGCUUAUGGUGCAGCUUACCACGGGUACUGGGCUAAAGAUAUUUAUGCUCUCAACAGCAACUUUGGGACUGCUGCUGAUUUGGUUGCGCUUUCUGCUGCUAUCCAUGCUCGCGGAAUGUACUUGAUGGUCGAUGUAGCACCCAACCACUUUGCCUGGUCUGGCACAGCUGCAUCCGUGGAUUACAGUGAAUUUGUGCCUUUUAACUCUGAGGAUUACUUCCACUCUUUCUGUUUCAUCUCUGAUUACAGCAACCAAGAGAACGUCGAGGAUUGCUGGCUCGGCGACAACAGCGUCCCUCUCGUGGACGUUAACACCGGGUUGACAACCGUUCAAACCGAAUACCACGAAUGGAUCGCUGAGCUUGUCUCCAACUACUCCAUCGACGGACUCCGUAUCGACACUGUCAAGCAUGUGCAAAAAGACUUCUGGCCUGACUUUGAGGACGCCUCGGGUGUGUACUGUGUCGGCGAAGUGUACUCCGGCGAUGCUUCCUACACCUGCCCGUACCAGAACUACCUGUCUGGUGUUUUGAACUUCCCUGUCUACUACCCAUUGAUCAGAGCCUUCACCAGCAGCAGCGGCAGUAUUUCUGAGCUGGUUUCGAUGAUCUCAACUGUCAAGAGCAGUUGCGCCGAUUCGACACUUCUUGGGACAUUUUCUGAGAACCAUGAUUUGCCGAGAUUUGGAAGCAUAACGAGUGACACUUCUUUGGCUAAAAACGUCAUUGCAUUCAACAUCAUGGCUGAUGGUAUCCCAAUCAUCUAUGAAGGUCAGGAACACUUCUACACUGGAGCUUCCGACCCUGCCAACCGUGAAGCAAUCUGGUUCUCCGGCUACGAUACCACUGCCACACUGUACACCCACGUCGCUUCCCUCAACCAGAUCCGCAACCGUGCGAUUGAAGUUUCUGGAGACACUUAUCUCACGUACCAGGCCUGGGUCAUCUACUCUGACACCAACAGUCUGGCUAUACGCAAGGGCGAUAUUGUCACCGUGAUGACGAACUUGGGAUCGAGUGGAAGCGCGACCUUGUCUGUAACCAGCACAGGAUACACUGCGGGAGCGACUGUGGUUGAUGUCCUCUCUUGCACAACUCUUACAGUUGGGACUUCCGGAACUUUGUCGGUUUCGAUCACCAGCGGGUUGCCAAAGGUCUUCUAUCCGAGCGCCUCACUUUCUGGGUCUGGUAUUUGCAGCUUGUAG